AUGGAGAUGCUCUACGAGAGCGCAGCAAAAGGAGAUGUAGAAGCUCUGCGCCAACUACUUCGAAAGGAUGCAUCUCUCUUAGAGAGAGUGUCCUACACAAGUCCAAACAACACACCUCUCCAUGUAGCAGCAUUAAAAGGGCAUCUACCCUAUGUUUUGGAGAUCUUGAGCCACAGCCCUCGCCUUGCUGAAGAGCUCAACUCUCAGCAAUCGUCGCCUCUCCACAUCGCAUCGGCACGGGGCGACAUGGAGAUCGCGAAAAGGCUGAUCGGUGCAGCACCAGAUAUGUGCCUGUCCCGCGACUCUCAGGGCCGCAACCCUGUCCAUCUUGCGGCAAUAAAGGGGCGGGUCCAGCUGCUGGAGGAGCUCGUCUCCGUUGCUCCUCUGGCUGCUCGGCAUAAGGUGGGCCGAGGCCUCAACGCCCUGCAUUUGUGCGUCGAACAUGGCCAGCUGGGGGCUUUGAGGGUUUUGAUGAGAGAAGUGAAAGAGCUGAUCAAUGCAAAGAAUGGUGAUGGUGACACCAUUUUGCAUAUGGCAGUAGCUGGGAGAAAGACUGAGAUUAUAGAGUCUCUACUCCAAAAUGACAACGUGGAUAUCAACGCAAUGAACUCCAAUGGCCAAACAGCGAAGUCCCUUUACGAACAAAUCCAACCCGAGGCACAAGAAGAUUCUGGAGUCGCCCAUGUUCUGUGCCACGGGUUCAACAGAUUAAAAAAAAAACACAGAGACACCCAGCCGGUGAAGUGGUUGACCAAGAAACGAGACUCCAUAAUGGUGGUUGCGAUCCUCAUAGCAACCAUGGCUUUCCAAGCUGGGGUGACCCCUCCAGGGGGCGUCUGGCAGGAAGACUUCAUACACCAUGACAACGGCACCCUCGUGGAUAAUCCACACAAAGCAGGGGAGGCCGUGAUGGCCUACAAAAGCGAGCGGGCGUUCAAAAACUUCAUGCGCACCAACACAGUGGCCUUCGUAACGUCUCUCAGCACAAUCCUGCUGCUCAUUAGCGGCCUGCCCUUCAGGCGGCCGCUGUUCAUGUGGAUCCUGAUGGUGAUCAUGUGGGUCACGGUUACCAUGACCGCGGCAACCUAUGCCAUAUCGAUUACUGUGGUGACUCCAAAGAAGGAUCGGAGGUCACUGAGCAAGGUCAUUGAGAUCUCGCUAAUUGUGUGGUGCAGUGUGAUGGGGAUUUUGCUUUUCGGGAACACGAUUCGUUUGAUCGACAAGUGGUUGAAGAACAGAGGUGUUGUUAUUUGGAGGCCUAGAAGGUUUAGGAAUGAGGUGGAAAUGAACCAACUGAUCAAAAUCAGCAGUCAAAAUUGAGAUUUUUAUUUUCAUUUAUCUGAAAGCACAUCUAUCUAGUUUCCUAUGCUUGCAAUUCAUGUGUGAAAAUUAGUACUGCUGUAUCAUAUUCAUGUUCAACAUUGUCUCAGGUUUUACUCUAUGAAUCUAUUGUUUGAAAUA